CCCACACACUGUGCGGUGUGCGCGGAGGGGUGAUGCCUCGAGAGCGCAUCACAGGACGACAGAAAACCCCACUGCAAGACGCAGUGCCAGAAUAGAGCAGCUUUGGAACGGGAGCUGCUUUCCGAUAGUUUAUAGGAGAAGAAAAGGAGAUCGUUCCUUCCAAUCCACAAACAUACUUCUCACCAUGCCGGAACCCUCCUGAUCAUCUUUGCUGGCUCGCGUAAAGAGACGAUGUAGUGGAGAGAAAGAGGGGAUCUCCACCGAUGGAGAGAUCUGGGGAUGCAUGGACACGGUUAUGGGUGAUUAAUGCCAUUUUGCAGCUGGUAAACAAGACUGGAUAUGCACAUAAAAAGUGGGGAUAAGUGAGUUCCGGGGCCCGCAGGAUGGACACUGCGGAGAUAAUUCUCUCUGUGUUGGUGGUUGUGAUUAUUAUAGUGUCGUUGCUGUCCAACGUCCUGGUGCUGAUCUGCUUUCUGUACAACCCGGAGAUCCGCAAGCAGGUCCCAGGUUUGUUCAACCUCAACCUCACAUUCUGCAACUUGUUGCUGACCGUGUCCAACAUGCCCCUCACUUUGGUGGGACUUGUCAGUAAGGCUCAACCGGGAGGAGACGGUUUCUGCCAGAUCGUGGGCUUCUUGGAGACCUUCCUGUCCACCAACUCGAUGCUGAGCAUGGCAGCUCUGAGCAUCGACAGGUGGAUCGCGGUGGUGUUCCCCCUGAGGUACCACUCCAAAAUGCGCCAUAAAGACGCGGCUUUUGUGCUCGGGUACACGUGGGCGCACUCCAUGUCCUUUUCCACGGUGGCCACCAGCCUUUCCUGGGUGGGAUACCACCGACUUUACGCAUCCUGCACCCUGUCCAACCCGAGGGCGAGCACUCGGACCCAGUUUGUUAUCUUCACCGUCUUUUUCCACUCCUUCACCUUUCUCCUGUCUUUUAUAGUGCUGUGUGUCACAUACCUCAAAGUGCUUAAAGUGGCAAGAUUUCACUGCAAGAGGAUCGACGUUAUUACGAUGCAAACUUUGGUGCUGCUGGUGGAUAUACACCCCAGCGUUCGCCAACGUUGCCUGGAGGAACAGAAGAGGCGACGACAAAGAGCGACAAGGAAGAUCAGCACCUUCAUUGGCACUUUCAUGUUCUGCUUCGCUCCCUAUGUGAUCACAAGGAUCGUGGAGUUAUUUCCAGCGGUGCCUAUCAACCCCCACUGGGGAAUUGUCUCCAAGUGCUUAACUUACAGCAAGGCCGCCUGCGACCCAUUUGUGUACUCCCUGCUCCGACACCAGUACAAGAAGACAUGCACUGACAUCAUCAACAGGCUGCUGAAGCGCAGCUCCUUGAACGCAUCUGGGCCCAGGCAUGAGAACCAAGGCAGCAGCAUACCGACGGCGGAGUGACGUGGAGCACUCAGAGGGUCGACCUGGCUACUGUCAGGGAAAUAUGAAGCUGAUUUGUCGUCGAUGAACAAGAGAACAAAUAUCGGUUGUUCCUGUCCACGUCUGCUCGAAUUUGGUCUGACAUGCCCACCCCAACCCCAUCACUAAAAACGAGAAAGUCACAACGAACAAGGGCAAAUCCCUGCACAGUAAUACCACUGUGCUUGCAUACUGAGUGCCCAGAACAGCAGAUCAGUGCAGUGAACUCGUUUUGAGGACAGUAAGCAACGGCAGAUUUCACAUUCACCUGGAGAGACAGAUCUGCUCGCCCAAGAAGAACAGCCGGUUCAUAGCCUCAUGAUUUUAACUAGGGUAGCUUUCAGUCUGAUACAAUAUAUAUUAAUUCAGCAGAACAUCUGUUUGUUUUGAUUACUGGAGUAUAUAUAUAGUUAUGUUCAUAUAAUCUAAAAAAGGAUGGGGAAUGGCUGUGUUGUUUGUUUUAGUCUGUGCAAAGUGACAUGCUGAUACUGUAUGUAGCACUGAAAUCUAGCCAAGCCAAAACUUGAUACAAAACCCCUAACUAUUACAGAUGGAAACAUACUGCAGACAGUACACAGUUUGGCUCAGGUUAUUCCAGGCUUAAUGGGGUUAAACACACAUGCAGUGAAACAAAUGUUAGGGUACUUUAAUUUUUGCAGUACAUGACCGCUUUGUAGUGAAAUGAAGGGGAAAAAAAGCAAGGUUAUGUUGUAUUAUUUUGUGCUUCAUGUGCAUAAACAUAUUCGCCUCCUUUGUGCUCCCAGCAGCUAUUGUGAAGGACUCAUUGACCCGGUCAAGCAAAGGGUUUAAUGGGGAAAGUGGACUUUCAAUCCGGCUGCCUCUGCCCUCAUGACUGACAUGUGCCCCUCAGGUUGUUUGGUCAAGUGGAGCGUGAUUGACUGUACUCACCCGGAUUUGCCCUCACAGAGAGGAGUAACCCGAUUAGACUGCUUCAUGCUUUCUGGUAACUUUGGGCAAGCUGGACGAGAAAGGAAAAUCCGAUGUUUUUUAUUAUGUCUUUAUUUUGAUGUCUGUAUUUAAAAGCAACGAAAGCUGCCCACGCAAAGAUAAAAACUUUCCCCAAAACAAAGCAGAAAUGAUAUCUCUGCCUAAAUCAGUGGUAAAGCUAAAGAAAUAGUCUCUGCCUUCUGUCACCAAACAUCUGACACACACUGAACGUGUAACACUUUCUGACAGCACCUCGAAGGCACCGCUCUCAAGUUAUUGAACACUGAAUACCGAACUGUUUGUAAUGCAAAUCAGAGCCAAUGAUUGGAAUCAUCAUGUUCCUAAUCAAGAUUAAUUUCAACGUGCCGAUAUGACCAUAGCAGUUAUACAUUCUCUAGGGUAGUAUGACUGCUAUGAAUGUAGCACAUCAGCUAAGCUAACAAGCUAAUGGAAAUGUCCUCAGUCUGGCCAGAUUGCAAUAUUUAAGUUAGCAGUGCAACAACUAGUAUCCAUAUUAACCCUUGCCUCUGACCCAACAGUUUCUACCUCCAGAGGUGACUUGUGGUUUUCUUUAAAAAAAAAACAAACAAACAAAAAAAAAAACAAAACAGUAGGACAGAAACAAACCAAAAAAGCAAUAGAUGUUGAAAAUCAUCCCAUGACACUCAUAGUUUUAUAAGCAGGAUACACACUCGGAGUUUUUUGCAAGGCUUUGGCACAUGAUUGUGUAAGUUUGGCUGAUGGUCAUGACUUUAACCUUCAUUUUUUGAAACUCUGUAAGCCUUCAGCUUAACUGGGCCUGCAGAGUUCAGAUGGGGUUUGUGCAAAAAAAAAAAAAGACUUCAUUUCUUAUGAAAUAACCUCUCUUCACUAUAAAAAAAGAUAACUAAAGAACUAAAUAACCAUCAGCAUAGUUAAAUGUAUCCAUGGAAAUCAAAAUGACACUUGCAGUGUUUGUAAGGAAGAUACUUGGCAACCAGUUUGUUUUUUAUUAUUAUUAAAAUGCAUCGAUAUAGAAGGACGGCAAUAUCACCUUUUAAAUCUCACACUGAGUAGAUACAUAUACUGUAUAUUUAUUUAGUCCCAUUGCUUAUAGUCUCCAGGCAUUUUUUAGCCCAAAAGCCCUUUUGACUGACAAAGUGUUAUCCGACUCCCUUCAUGUUGUACCUAUUAUGUCCAUUUUUUUCUGUAUCAGAAGACACACAGCUCUGUGUCAAAGGGCUCUCGAAUGGGAUCCACUUGUGAUAGAGUUGACUUACUGUAGA